AAAGCCUUAAAAACAGCCUUGAUAUUUAGCUCUUACUUUUCUUUCAUGGAUAAGUCUCACAGUGUGCUUGUCUGCUAUGCUCCACAUGUUGGUAUGACCAUGUUCCAUAUGGAAAAAUAGAGAUAAAAGACAAACUAGUGCAUUAAAACCUUUGAAAAAUCUCUUCAUAUAUUUGCCAAGAGCUCUCAGCUGAGCUUUCCAUCUUCCUUGUCUUCUCAGUAAUGGCUUCAAAUAUAAAACUAUUCAUCUAUCUGUUGGUUUUCUUCUUGGUUUGUGCUUCAAAUGGAAGUUCAAGAAAGAUGGUGGGGAUGUAUGAGAUCAAGAAGGGAGAUUUCUCAGUGAAAGUUACCAACUGGGGAGCAACUAUCAUUUCUGUUGUUCUUCCUGAUUCAAAAGGGAAUUUGGCUGAUGUUGUUCUUGGAUAUGAUACAAUUGCUCAAUAUGUUAAUGGCUCAGGUUAUCUUGGAGCAUUGGUCGGGCGCGUCGCUAAUAGAAUUGGAGGAGCACGAUUCGUCUUGAAUGGAAAAGUAUACAGGUUAUAUGCUAAUGAUGGAAAUAACACACUCCAUGGUGGACAUCGAGGAUUCAGUCAUGUCAUUUGGACUGUCCAUGAGAUAUCAAAUGGUGAAUUCCCAUAUAUUACCUUCUACUACCACAGUUUCGACGGGGAACAAGGUUUCCCUGGUGCUCUCGACGUGUUUGUAACCUACAAGAUCUCCGACAAGUACAAGCUAGAUGUGAUCAUGAAAGCAACGGCAAUAAACAAAGCGACACCGGUGAAUCUCGCGCAACAUGCAUAUUGGAAUCUCGGCGGAGAUGGCAGUGGUGACAUCCUAUCCAACUCGGUCCAAAUCUUUGCUUCGAAAAUCACUUUGGUAGACAAAGAACUCAUCCCUACAGGAGAGAUUGCUACUGUUGCAGGAACUCCCUAUGAUUUCCGUACACCUAUGACAGUCGGGAGCCGAAUAAAGGAAGUCAAUGUGGGUUAUGAUAUCAACUACGUGCUCGAUGCACCCAAAGAUGAUCAAGGCAUGAGAAAGGCUGCAAUUGUUAAGGAUAAUAAGACCGGUCGAGUACUUGAAUUGUGGACAAACCAGCCAGGAGUGCAGCUCUAUACUGGUAACUUCUUGAAGAAUGUAAAGGGGAAGAAUGGACAUGUCUAUAACCAGUACGGCGCGCUGUGUUUAGAGACACAAGGAUUUCCUGAUGCUGUGAACCACCCUACAUUCCCUUCUACAAUUGUGAAUCCUGGAGAGGUUUAUACACACUACAUGAAGUUUAAAUUCUCCUAUUAAUAGGAUGCAAACUCCAUGAAUGUUGGUGUUUUCGGUUACUUAUUUGUGAUAUCGAUGGAAUAAAGAGUUGCCAGGUGUUCAAAUCUA